AUGCCACCUAGAAAGACCUACACUCCAAGGAGGCCUACACCUGAGACCCCACACCUAGAGACCCAGCACUGGGAGACCCACACCUGGAGACCCACACCCAGAGACCUACACUCAGACACCACACCUGGAGACCUACACCUGGAGACCCACACCUGGACACCUACACCUGGGAGACUCCACACCCAGAGACCCAGCCCCAGAGACUCCACACCCAGAAUAAUUCCACACCUGGAGACCCACACCAGAGACUCCACACCUGGAGACCUACACCCUGGAGACCUACACCUAGAGACCCACACUAGACACCUACACCUGAGACCCACACCUGGAGACCUACACCUUAGAGACCUACACCUGGAGACUCCACACUCAGAGCAUCUACACCUGGGAGACUCCACACUCCCCAGAGACAGACCUACACCUGAGACCCACACCGGGAGUCCCACACCUAGAGACUCUACACCUGGAGACCCACACCUGGAGACCCACACCCAGAGACCCAAAGACUCCACACUGGAGACCCCACACCGAGUCUCUACACCUAGAGAGACCUACACUCUAGAGACCUACACCUGGAGACCUACACUAGAGACCCCACACCUUAGACACUGCGCCUGGAGACCCACACCUGGAGACCCACACCCCAGAGACCUGCCACCUGGAGACCUACACCUAGAGACCCAUGCACCUGAGACCCACACCCACUCCACACCUGAGACCCACACUCCAGAGACCCCACACGGAAGACCCACACUGGAGUCCCACACCCUAGAGACCCACACCUGGAGACCCACACCUAGAGACCCCACACCUGAGACCCACACCGGGAGUCCCACACCCAGAGACCCACACCUGGACCCACACUCGAGACCUACACCCAGAGCACUCCACACCUGA